CAGCCCUGCUGCCGGUGGAGCAGCUCAGCACAGACCGACAGACAGCCAGCUCGACCGUAGUGAACCUGCGACGCAAGCCGCCGCUGCUGCUGAGUCCCCGGCAGCGAUCUGCCGUUCGUCUGUCUGGGAGUUUAGCCUGCUAAGCUAACUAGCUGGCCUAGUCGGUAUUAUUGGAAUUACAAACUGUGCUACUUCUGGGAAUUCUGGACUGCAGGAAUUAGACAAAUACUGUAAUUUAUUGUAACAAAGUUGCUAUCUGAAAUGUCAAUAUUACCGUUCACCCCUCCAAUCGUGAAGAGGCUCCUAGGCUGGAAGAAGGGUGAACAGAACGGGCAGGAGGAGAAAUGGUGCGAAAAGGCUGUCAAAAGUCUGGUGAAGAAGUUGAAAAAGACGGGACAGUUGGACGAGUUGGAAAAAGCUAUCACAACACAGAAUGUCAACACAAAAUGCUUAACCAUACCAAGAUCUUUAGACGGGCGUCUCCAGGUCUCCCACAGAAAAGGUCUUCCUCAUGUGAUCUACUGUCGCUUGUGGCGCUGGCCAGACCUUCAGUCCCACCAUGAGCUGAGGGCUGUGGACCACUGUGAAUUUGCCUUCCACACCAAGAAGGAUGAGGUCUGCGUCAACCCAUACCACUACCAAAGGGUGGAGACACCAAUUUUGCCUCCUGUCCUGGUACCACGACACACAGAUAUCCCUGCUGAGUUUCCACCUUUGGAUGACUACAGUCCAUCUAUUCCUGAGAACACCAACUUCCCAGCUGGCAUUGAGCCCCAGAGUAGCUAUAUUCCUGAAACUCCUCCACCAGGGUAUCUUAGUGAAGAUGGUGAGACAAAUGAUCACCAGCACAACCAUAGUAUGGACACAAGUUCACCCAGCCUGUCACCCAACCCUGUGUCACCCACUAACAGUAAUCUUGACUUACAACCUGUGACAUACUGCGAGUCUGCCUUCUGGUGCUCGAUCUCAUACUAUGAGCUGAACCAGCGUGUAGGAGAAACCUUUCACGCCUCCCAGCCCUCUUUAACAGUAGAUGGAUUCACAGACCCCUCUAACUCUGAACGCUUCUGUCUCGGCUUGUUGUCCAACGUCAACCGCAACUCGGCUGUAGAGCUCACACGGAGACACAUAGGACGGGGUGUCAGGUUGUACUACAUUGGAGGAGAGGUGUUUGCAGAGUGUCUCAGUGACAGCGCCAUCUUUGUCCAGAGUCCAAACUGCAACCAGCGCUAUGGCUGGCAUCCUGCCACUGUCUGCAAAAUACCCCCAGGCUGCAACCUGAAGAUCUUUAACAACCAGGAAUUUGCUGCUCUGCUCGCACAGUCAGUCAACCAGGGCUUUGAGGCUGUCUAUCAACUCACCAGGAUGUGCACCAUCCGCAUGAGUUUUGUUAAGGGUUGGGGAGCUGAGUACAGACGUCAGACAGUGACUAGCACCCCCUGCUGGAUAGAGCUGCAUCUCAACGGGCCUUUGCAAUGGCUUGACAAAGUUCUCACACAAAUGGGCUCUCCCAGCAUCCAUUGCUCCAGCGUGUCAUAGAAGAUACUUUUCAAGGAACCCUUCAUCACAUUGACACUCUUAAACAUAAACCACAUAGGAAAACUCAGGCGUCUCUCACUGAUACCAAGGAAAGAGACACCAUUCAUAAAAUGUAUUAUGACUCUCCCCUGCUGUUAAACAUUUCACCUCACAUCUGUAGUACUUUUCCUUAGCCCCAUUUAGUGUUUUCAUUCAGUAGUUACUCUACCACUGGACACUGUUUCAUUUGUUUAACAGGAAGCCACAGGGUAUUCGUUAUAGGUUUCAAAAGAAUUUCAUUCAUUCAGACAUCAUGUCUAUGUUCAGUGUUGAUGUAAUUUUUUACAUGACAUUUGAAUUCAUGGUACAGCUUUACUUUUGCCACUAUUUAAACAUUUCAAAAGAUUUUUGAUUCUAUGAAUUAGCUCUUUUUAUGACUCAGACGUCAUUAGUGGGGGUUCAGAUUUCUGUUACCUACCUUUGUAAUGACACUUAACAUUUGAACCAGUAAAUUAACACUGAAAAGGU